AAUAACUGAAAAUAACCACCAGGAGAGAUGCUUACUUAAGACUGUUCAUUGAUCGAUGAAUAUAAGUGCAACAUACGCGGGCAAUCUUUAUCCGUUGAGUUUGAAAGAUACGAAAGAUACGAUAAUGAAACUUCGCUCGCGAGAGUUUUGGUUCUCUAAGAAGUCGGACAUUCUAAAUAUAUAUCAGGUUCUCGAGAGCAACCGCCAUAUAAUCUAAUAUCGUGCCCAGUCUCCCAGUGUUCGUGCUGCACUCUGCUAUCCGCUAUCCGUUGCUCGCGUGUUAGACGUAGAUUAUCAUCCGUGAAGGCAGGACACAAGAUCGGCUGUGAUCAUGGACCCGGAAGCAUUUUUGGAUGUGGCCAAUCAGGUCAUCAAGCUGAAAAUGUUUCCGUUCUUCGACAUCGCUCACAGUCUACUUGCCGCGCUGGCCGUGCGUGAGGACUUGGGCGCCAAUGCCCAGGCAUUUUCGCGGAAGCAUCCGCUCGCCUGCUGGCUCUCCACCAUGCUGGUGAUCUUUGCCGGCGGUAUGGUGGCCAACGGAUUGCUGGGCGAGCCUAUAUUGGCUCCGUUGAAGAACACAGGUCAGCUCCUUGUGGGCACAGCUGUGUGGUACGUAGUCUUCUACACGCCAUUUGAUAUCGGUUACAAGGUGGCCAAGUUCCUUCCCGUCAAGAUUGUUGCCAGUGCCAUGAAGGAGAUCUACAGGGCAAAGAAAGUCUAUGACGGAGUGGGGCAUGCGGCCAAGCUGUAUCCGAAUGCAUGGAUAAUCAUGAUCAUCAUCGGUACUUUGAAAGGCAACGGAGCGGGAUUCACCAAGCUGAUCGAACGCCUUAUCCGAGGAGCAUGGACUCCAACAGCCAUGGAAUUCAUGCAGCCAAGCUUCUACACCAAGGCUUCCCUGUUGGCCUCGAUCAUCUUUGUGCUGGACAAAAAGACCGACUGGAUCUCAGCACCACAUGCACUGGUUUACUUCGGCAUCGUUAUAUUCCUGGUCUACUUUAAGCUGUCUUCCAUCCUGCUGGGCAUCCAUGAUCCCUUCCUGCCAUUGGAGAACCUUUGCUGUGCCAUCUUUUUCGGCGGAAUCUGGGAUAGUCUGGCCAAGAUCCUGGGCCGCGGGCAGGCCAAGGACGGCGAUAGCAAAGAUGUUAAAAAGAGCAACUAAACUAUUUGUAGUCUUCCCGUCCCCCGCCCCAAAAAAAAAAGUACUUAACGCUGCCAACCAAAGCUAAAGCCUAUAAAAACGCACACAAUAUAUACAUAAUACAUAGCAUAACGAACGAUCUUCCCAUGUGAUUCGAUUUAGAAGCGCAAGCCAAAGACAUUUUGUGAGGCGUGACAAUUACUCUUGAGGAUCAGCACUUGGUUGGGUGUGCCAGCUGUUCCUCGACACCGAUUUCACGCCAACUGUUAGCCCUCAAAAAUUUGUAUGUAAUGUUUUUUUUUAUAAUUGGUUAGGACUUACAAAAAACAGCAGCAGCAAAUACCACAGACUUAUUAAGAUGCCAUAUUUAAGUUUUAAAUUCGGCCAGGUACAGCUUAUCUCUAAACUAAUACGACAGUCAAAAACGAUUUUAGAUAACAAUUUUAGCAAUCUGAGGGAGCACGCCGAGUCUUGUGUUUUUUUGCUGCAAAAGCGACGUGCUCAACGAACGAAAUGUGUAAAUAUUAAAGUCGUUUCAUUGCUUCCUUUUUUUUAAAUACAUUUUAAGAGUUUUUGCCGAAGACCCAUUCGAAAAUGAUAGAUCAUUGCUUGAAGAUUGUGAAUACGUAUUCAAGCUGAACUUAAGGCUAUUGUAAGAGGAGUGAAUGUUUAUUGUUUGCAAUAAAAUUAAACUACGAUUUUG